AUGCCGAGACUGAAGGUGAAGAUAUUCUGCGCUAUAAUUACACUGUCGUCCACACUUUUUCAGGAUAAUCUGCCUUACCGUUCUGCGAAUCCUGAGAUAAUUGGAAAUGAUUUGCUGUUCUUUGGCGAUCCAUCUUACAAGAACGAGCUUGUUUCUUGCACUCAGCUAGUUCUAGGUGAACUUGUAGACUCUAUAGAGCAAGAAUCUUCACAGAUUGCUCGUGGGAACAUGGCGCUUGAAGCUUGCAAUUGCGUAUCAUCAGCACUAAAUAUGAAUGAGAAAGUCUCACAACUUUGCUUGAGACUGUUCGAAAUCGCAAGAGGGUGUUUGGGAGCCAAGGACAGAACUUAUCCCAAAAUUGGGCUUAGGUUAAAACUAAAAGCUAGUGUGGUGCCUCCUUCCGAAUCUGGUGAUACCGAUACCUUCCUCAUCGUAAGUGGAGCAAUGAUCUCCAUGUAUUUUGGUAGCGAAUUCUGUGGUUCCAUCGUUGCUUUUCAAGUCGCUCCAAGUUGA